AUGCGCUGUGCGCUGGCUUUUUUCUUGGCUGUUUUAGCCACGAUUCUCGUCCUGAGUCUGCCGCCCUCCGAUGCCGCUUCGUCAUCAUCGUCUACCAGUUCUUCCGCUACGACCACGACAGUCUCUUCGACUACCACAACAGAUACUACCACCACCACCGAGUCCUCCUCCACAACAACAAGUACCAAAACCAAAAAGAAGCAUCACCACCGCCGUCGACGUGUUAUCAUCCGCCGUGUGGUCGUCCGCCGGGGUGAAGAGGGCGGCAAGGAUGGAACCAAGAAACGCCGCCGUGUCGUAGUCCGUGUACGCAGGACAGUCAACUAA